AUGAUUCCUCUCAUCAUCCUCUACCUUGCGGUCUCAACACUUGCUUUGGGCGACUACACGGAUUUUUUCGCUCGAACUUAUAUGUUUCCAUUGAGCGCAGCUGCCUACUCGGACAAACCAAAUAUCUGUCUAAGAAGGAUGUUUCGUAAUGCAUCGCUUUAUCGUCAAACCACAGUCGUUUGUGGCAUGCAGAAAACCACCUGCUCCGGAUUCACAGCGGUAAUUCCGUCAGAUAAGGCGAUUGUGUUAAGUUUCAGAGGUACAACAUCAACUGCGCAACUACUCGAAGAAUCGGCUAAAAGCGCUUUCAACGGAUGGUUUAAAUGGAUGUUCGGAGGGCAUGUCUCGAGUUACUUUGGCAAUGCAUUCACAAAAGUCUGGAACGGUGGAAUGGGUGCAGACUUCGUGAAGCUCAGAAAGCAGUACCCAAACUUUGAAAUAUGGGUCACUGGCCACUCUCUUGGAGGCUCAUUGGCGUCACUGGCAAAUUCGUACAUCCUGGGGAAAGGUUACGCUGAUCCACUAAAAACGAAGUUGAUGACCUUUGGUCAGCCGAGAACAGGAGACCCAAAUUUCUCAAACACUCACAAAGAACAGGCCGAGUACGCUUUUCGGGUUACACACUGGAGAGACAUUGUGCCUCAUAUCCUAUCCGUAGGCUACAGACAUCACAGACGAGAGACAUUCUACCAAAGCGGUAUGAAACCUAAAGAAUUCAAAGUCUGCGAAGAUGGCGAGUCGAAUGAAUGCAGUAAUGGUUUGUACUUCAAAAGUAGUACAAACGACCACACACAUUACUUUGGUAAAAUGGUCAGCGAGGAUCCACAAACUCAUGGCGCUCGACACUGCGUGACGCAAGCAAAGGUUCGAUCACAAAAGCCCCCCUGGGCUUACCAUGCCCGCGUACGGACUCCUCCCGAUGCACCAUGUGCUGUCCCGUAUGCUAGUCCCCCAGGUCCAGUUUCGGAGACUCACUGA